CGAGAGCUUGGUGAGAGUCAGCCUCCUGCUCGCUACUCCAUCGACGGCUCGUUGCACCACGCGCGUCGGCACUGCCACAUACGCAAGGUCUGCUCAGCAGAACAUGUCGCAGUGCAAGCUUGCCCUGGCCAACGCUGCUUAGACGACGACAGGGACGGCCACAUAAUCAAGAGCACUCUACUUUACGCAACCGAGAAGCGGGCUGUGCUGCACACUCAAUCUAAGCAUGCCGUCUUCUCCUCCAUCUACGCCGCCUCUCCCACCAUCUGCGCCGCCUUCUCCCUCGCCAUGUCCGCUCGUCCGUCCCCAUCCUUCGCGAAGCCUAUCACUUCCCACAUGUUCAUCUAUGACUCACUUCUGCAGCGCGGCGGAAAGGAGGCGUUCGAGAAUGCGGCGCGACUCAGUGCCCUCGUCGACGCGCUUCUGCGCCUCGUCGGCGAGGAGCGGUUCCACGCGGCGGAGCACUCGCCUGGGUCUUGCCGGCGUUGGAAGGUUGCGAGUCCCGACGCCUGAGCGUGCUGACGCUGUGCUGCGGAAGUCGGCCGGCCGCUCUGCGUGUUGCCUAUUGUUCGUGCUUCUUCGCCGUCGGCUGUCCUGAGACUAGGUGAGGUGUCAGCCAGCACAUCGUGACGCAAGCCGAAGCCCGCCGCACGGCGCCUGUAACUGACGAGCCUGACGUCACACAAGUGUCUCCGAGGAGCAAUCUACGCCAUAUA